CCGGCCAUCACCACCACCAUGCCACACCGUUCGUCCGCUCACCACCCCGCCGCUCGUCGUCUUGUCGCCGUUCACGCCGUGCCGAGCCGCUCAACGCUCACUGCAUGAUGAUUGGACCUGGUGGAAUGAGUUCCAAUGGUUUAGCCCUUAGUAUGGAUACACGGAUAGUAUGUUUUGGGGUCCCGGUGGACCAAGACGUUGAGAUAGUUGAGUACGUUGCACCGGAGAUGGACACGACAUACACGGAGUACGCGACUACCGUUUGGGUUGACGAGGGGCUUCCUAACUUAGUUCCUCAUCGCUUCAAAGCGUGGUAUGUGUGGUUCGGGGAGGAGCGUUGGGGACCUCUCCGGCGCUUUGACGGACUGCCGAGUGCGCCUGGUGCAAUUUCGUGGGAUGCUUCGGGGUCAAAUGUCCCUGACGAUCUCGUUAGUGAUCCAGAGUCAAGCCCGAACUACAACCCCGUAGAGGAGCCAUAGCAUAUCCGAGUAU